AUUUCUCUCAUGGAAACCGACAACAAGAUAUCAGAUGAAUUGCGUGAAUUUCGUGCAGAAAUAAUGACUCGAUUCGACAAUCAGGAAGCAGCUUACAAGCAGCUAUUGGAUGAGUUAGUUAAAAAUCAGUCAGAAUUGCAGGAGUUACGUAGGAGUUUUGCGAUUGCGUUUCAAGAAGCUAAGAAAGUAACAGUGUUGGAAGAUGAAAUAAAAGUUCUAAAAAGUAGAAAUGAAUACCUGGAAUCGUGCUUUAGUAGUAUGAAUAGCAACAAAGGGAAGAUUGGAAUAUCGAAUAAAAAAUCAGAACCAUUAUCUUUUGCUUCGGUGACAAAAACAAAAGUGCAGGAGGUAGUCGCACCAUCGUGUGGGGCCAUGAAACAAGCAACCGUACCGGCGAUGGCGAAGCCCCUCCAACAAGAAAAUGAAGUUAUACGUUUGGACUGCACGUUGAAGGAUGUAGAAGUCGCCGAAAACAAGAAAGAGGAAAAUAGCUGGACGGAAGUAAGAAGAAAAAAUCGUUUUUCUAAUAGCGAAAUUAAAAGAGGAGGGAGUGUGAUCUCAACAGAUAUAGAAGGAACAGAACGGAAAAAGUAUUUACAUGUGUGGCGAUUAAAAAAGGAAACAGCGACAGAAAAUUUAGAAGCAUAUGUUAAAAAAAUAUGUGGUAAAGAAUGCCCACUAAAAGUCGAGAAAAUAAAUCAUAAGACUGAAAGAGAUUAUGCUUCAUUUAGAAUAGGAGUGCCUGAAAGCCACUAUGAUAAAUUGUGUCAAUCGGACGUAUGGCCUGUCAACGUCGAAUUCUGCGAAUGGAUUUGGUUUCGCAAAACGCAGGAUGCGAAAAAAAUCUCCCCAUAAAUUGAUAGAAGUCUAUUACCAAAAUGUCUGCGGACUCAGGACAAAGUUAGAGGAGUUUAGUGCAGCGGUAGCAUCUUCAAGUGCAGAUUUAAUAGCAAUUACUGAAACAAGCUGUAACCAUUCUAUCAGAGACGCUGAACUAAUUCCUCCGGGUUAUAAAAUCAUCCGCUGUGAUCGAACGGACGGGCGUAAGCAGGGCGGAGCGUUUUUAGUGGCCACACCGCAUAUCGACUUGCGUAGUGUACCGAUACCGGAUGACGUCAAAAUAGACAAUCAGGUUUUCGAACUGGUUUGUGCCAAGGUGUUUAUAGGUGAUAAGUUUUUAUUGUUGUGUUGUGUUAUUUACAUUCCGCCGGGUAGUAAUGACACCGAUUAUUUAAUAUUAUUUAAUAUAAUAGAAAAACUUUAUGAUAAAUAUAAUAGGCGAUUAUUAGUCAUAGGUGACUUUAACUUGUACUCUGCUUCUGUGAAUACUAAUAAUUACUUUGAGUAUUUUCUAACAUAUUGUGAAUUCACCCAGAUAAACAAAAUAGAUAAUAGCAUGAAUCGUCGGUUAGAUUUAGUGUUAACUCCAGCGGGAGAAGAGUUGGUGGGCGUGCGUGCUGCUCCUGAGCCGUUUGUUCGC